ACAAAAUAAUGUGCAAUGUCAAAAUUUGUUUUCGAUAGUAUGCUACCGAAGUAUCCACAGUUUCAGCCAUUUAUCAGUUCACAUUUAACUUCAACCUCACAAAAUUCGUCAUCAGCAGCUGUUGCCGCCGCCCUCGCCGCCGCCGCAGCUUCCUCAACGGCUUCCGUUAAUACCUUAGCCAACAGCUUUAACAACAACGGCAUUAACUCCAACAAUCACCAUAGCGGUAGUCACAUAUCAUCUGUUGCCGUCCACUCAUCGUCUUUAUCGCCAUCGACGUCCAGCCUCAAUAUUAGCAGCAGUCAUUUAAACCAGUCGUCCAACUCACCGGUGUCCUCGUCUUCGCCGUCGUCAACUACUUUCGGAGCCCUUUCAACUCAACAACAGCAAUUGCAGCAAAACCACCAACACCACCAUCAGCAACAACAACAUCACAACCAAUAUUCUUUGUCGGCCGCCUUACAUUUACAACAGCAGCAACAACAAUUACAUAUAAAUAAAUUAGCUGCCGCUGCCGCAGCAGUCAGUUCCCAAAGUAGUAACGGUCUGGGUCACACUCACAGCAUUCAACAGCAACAGCAAUUGUCCCAUCAGCAAUUGUUACUCACACCCCCCUCUGGAACUAACUCCCAAGCAGGAGAUAGCAGUUGCUCACCGUCGCCCUCAGCCACAUCGUCUUCGCUGCAUCGCAGCAUCAGCGAUCACUCACCCACCGCCGCGUCCGCCGUUGCUGUUGCAUCCGCUGCAGCCGCUAGCACUGUAGCAGCAGCCGCAGCCGCCGCCGCCGCUGCCUCAUCUUUUGCAAUACCCACCAAUAAAAUGUAUCCAUACGUAUCAAAUCACCCAUCAUCGCACGGCAUCUCUGGCAUGCCGGGUUUUUCCGGACUGGAGGACAAAUCAUGCAGCAGGUACACAGACAGUAUCAUGAACAGUUACCAAUCAAUGAGUGCACCCGCCUCUGCAUCUAGUUUUGCGCAGUUUUAUCAACAUGCCGCUGCUGCGUCAGCCGCUUCUGCGGGUGCUGUUGGUGUUGAUUCGCUCGGAAACGCUUGCACGCAGCCAUCAUCUGGCGUUUUAUCCACAGGUGGCGCUGGUCAGAGUAUUGCAGAUUUGCCAAGAUAUCCAUGGAUGACUUUAACAGAUUGGAUGGGAAGCCCCUUUGAGAGAGUCGUCUGCGCAGACUUUAAUGGUCCGAAUGGUUGCCCACGUCGUCGUGGUCGUCAAACAUAUACACGAUUUCAGACACUUGAGUUGGAGAAAGAAUUCCAUUUUAAUCACUAUCUAACCCGCCGGCGACGAAUUGAAAUCGCCCAUGCGCUUUGUCUUACUGAGCGUCAGAUAAAAAUAUGGUUUCAGAAUCGACGCAUGAAAUUGAAGAAGGAACUACGUGCCGUAAAAGAAAUCAACGAACAGGCUCGUCGCGACCGCGAAGAACAAGAAAAAAUGAAAGCUCAAGAGUCCAUGAAAUCCGCCCAGCAAAAUGUUAACAAACAGGUGCAGCAACAGCAACAGCAGCAACAACAACAACAACAGCACCAGCAACAGCAACAGGAUCAUCAUUCGAUCAUUGCACACAAUCCAGGACAUUUGCAUCACUCCGUCAUUGGUCAGAAUGAUCUUAAAUUAGGUUUGGGAAUGGGUGUUGGUUCGGGGGUGGGAGUGGGAGUGGGCGUUAGCGGUGGUAUCGGCGGUAAUUUAGGCAUGAUGAGUGCGCUCGAAAAGAGCAAUCAUGAUUUGCUCAAGGCUGUAAGUAAAGUUACUUCGUAAAUUCGUACACACACAAGCAUUAAUAGCGAAUGCAAACAUAGCCUAUGGUAGAGUAGUUGUUGCAUAUAUAGCUAAUAUAUGCCACAAUAAUAUAUGGUCAAUGGUCAAUGGGAUUAUGCUUGACAGAAAAGGAAUAACACAAAUACUAAACGAAAGAUGAUAACUUAAAUACGUAAAACAUUUUACUUAGUAAAUUAGUUACAUAAGCCUGAAAACUAUAAAUUUAUAUAUACUAUACUUAAACCUAAAG